AUGGCGGCCCAUGCUACCGACAAUGAAGCUGCAGUCCAUGAGGCUACCACUGGAGCUGAACCGGGCGUCAAGCCAAGGAACGCCCUCCUCACUAGUGAGGCUGUGGAUGACAUCUCUGGGGAUGAUCAUGAGCAGCGCAUGAAGGACCGUGCCCUUCUCUCUGCCCAAGAAGAGAAGAAACUCUUGCGCCGCGUCGACUUCCGCUUGAUGAUCUUGUGCGCUAUUAUCUUCAUGAUCAAAAAUGUCGAUUCGAAUAAUGUCAGCAUCACCUAUCACCUCAUUAGAAGCGGCAGAACUGACGCAUGGCAGGUUGCAAAUGCCAGAAUCAUGAACAAGGGCACUCCCCGGAACAUCAUGACGCAGCUCAAAAUGACAGCCGAUGACUAUAACUGGGUCAGCACAAUUUACAACAUUCCGUUCAUGAUUUGCGAGAUUCCCACCAACAUGGUCGUGAAAAAGAUGCUCCCCUCGCGAUUCCAGUCGCGCAUCAUGGUAACUUGGGGCAUUGUGUUGGCUUGCCACGCUGCCGUUACAUCUAGUGCUGGCCUCCUAACCGCCCGCUUCUUCCUUGGUCUUGCCGAGUCUGGCAUGUUUCCAGGGAUUAUUCUGCAGAUGAGCUACUGGUACCGCGCCGAUGAGAUGACUCCUCGGCUCUUGAUUUUCUACUCCUUCGAAUUCUUCGCCAACAUUGUUAGUGCUGUUCUAGCCUAUGGGUUCAGCGGUAUGAACGGGCGACAUGGCCUGUCAGGCUGGCAAUGGUUCUUCCUAGUUGAGGGUGUGAUUACGAUUGGCUUCGGCAUUUUGCUUCUCUUCAUCUUCCCUGAUUUUCCCGCGCAGGCCAAAUGGUUGUCCGACAAGGAAAAGCGGUUCCUCCAAGCUCGCCUACCACCAAAUGCCCCUCGCUCUUCCGAAAGCAAUUUCAAGGCGAGCGAGAUAUGGGAUACCAUGAAAGACCAGCGCCUCUGGUGGUUCGCGUUCAUCUGGGCCACUAAGACGAUUGGUAGCACCGGUCUUUCGUUCUACUUACCCACCAUUGUCGCCAGCCUGGGACUUGCUUCCAUCGCCGAAAGCCAACUGCUCACCAUCCCUUCCUCAGUUCUGGCUAUCAUCCUCAUUGCUAUCAGCGGUUACUUGACCAACUCGUUGGCUGUGCCGUACCCCCUUGUGGCACUGGUGUACCUGGUCUCUAAUUUAGCGUGCUACGGCGUUAUGGUCGCAUACCCGAACAACGGAGGCGUGUAUGCUGCCACGCUGAUUGCUGCGGGUGUCUCGCUGGCCUGGUUCGCUACCAUGUGGCCAUGGCGUCUUCAGACGACGUUCAGGGCAACGGGUUCGGCCUUUGCCAUCGCAUGGGUCAACGCCCUUGGCGGGAUUGGUACUAUUGUUGGUCCCCAGAUCUUUCGCUCCAAGUACGCACCCGAGUAUACAGUGUCGUUCGCGGUGGCCAUGGGCAUGACUGGCGCAUGCAUCCUCGCCAUCUGCUGGACCUGGUGGAUUACAAGGGAAACGGAGAGGCAGACCCGUCAUCUGAGAAAGAGGCGUCUCGCCGCCCACAAAACCAACGAGGUCAUUUUGGAUGACGUUGACAUCGAUGCUGACUUCAAGACACCGAAGCCCGCUCGACUAGGCCCUGGGCAUGAUAUGAUCAGGUUCAAGGUAGCACGAGGUAGUAUCAACGUAUAUGUAAAGCUGCUUGUGGAUCUGGUAGUUCAGGGCCUCCGAAAGCUCGUGCAGAAGCCUGUGAAUCAUGCCACAAUCUGUUCAAAUUCAAAGGAUACAGGCGCGGUCACGAUGGGCCAUGCCCCUGAUAUUCACACCUCGGAUUUCCGCAGCAGCUCGGAGAGCCGAGCAGUUGACAGUAACGGUUUCACUGCGAAUAGAUGCACAAAUGAGAAGCGUGAUUUCUUGACCGGCAUAUUAGUCCUGGCACCCAGCCUGUGCGCAUCCGCGGACAUAUGCAAUAGUAAUGCCAGAGUUAUAGCUUCGAUGCCGGAAGCAACAUCAGCGGUCCAACUUACAGCUUCUUUCAGGAAGCUGCUCCAUCUAACAUGUCACACCGUGGUCAAGAACCACUUACUUUUUGUCGGCAGGUCUUACCGAUUUUGGACAGACCUCCAUACUACUUGGCAGUGCUGUUGCGUUUCCUAUUGCCUGGAAAUGCUCCCAGUGAUAGUCCUCUGGGAUUGCCCUCCUCCGAGUUACCCUGGAUGCAUUCAUAACCUCUCGGUGAAGUGGCAAAAUGCAUGGGACGAUCACCUUCUUCACGAGAUUUUCUUGUCUUAA